GUGAAUGCCUUACGCUCCUUGAGUUAAGGGGAAGCUCAAAGGAAAAAGGGUCAGAGAGAGAGAGAGAGAAUGUGGUGUGGAGGAGGUGAGAGUGCAAAGAAGAAGGCAAUGUGGCUCUAUCCAAAGGUUGUGGGAUUCAAUCCUCCCGAGAGAUGGGGACACACUGCUUGUUAUUCUCAAGGGCAUCUUUACAUUUUUGGGGGAUGCUGCGGAGGUUUGCAUUUCGGCGACGUGCUUGUUCUUGAUCUCGACAAUAUGGCUUGGAGAACCCUCGCGACCACCGGCCAAGGACCCGGCCCGAGGGACAGUCACAGUGCUGUUCUUGUGGGGCACCGGAUGGUUGUGUUUGGGGGCACGAACGGCUCCAGAAAGGUUAAUGACCUUCACGUGCUGGAUCUCAGGACCAAAGAGUGGACUCAGCCGAACUUCAGAGGGAGACCGCCGUGCCCUCGCGAGAGCCACUCUGCCACGCUCGUCGGGAAUGAUAAGAUGGUCAUUUUCGGGGGUAGUGGCCAAGGCGAAGCGAACUACUUGAACGACUUGCAUGUUCUGGACCUAGAGACGAUGAGGUGGAUGUCUCCCGAGGUAGAAGGCGAGAUUCCUGUCCCUAGGGACAGUCACAGCGCUGUUGCCAUGGAAAACAAGUUAGUGGUGUAUGGUGGAGACUGCGGCAAUCGGUAUCUUGGCGAUGUCGAUGUACUUGAUACGGACACAAUGACCUGGUCCAAGUUGACUGUUCAAGGAUUUACACCCGGAGUCAGAGCUGGUCACGGCGCCGUGAGCAUUGGAACCAAGAUCUAUGUCCUUGGAGGGGUCGGAGACAAGCAUUAUUACAAUGACAUUUGGGUGCUUGAUAUGGUCAAUCAUCUAUGGACGAGGCUUGGUGCACACGGCCAACAACCUCGGGGAAGAUUCUCGCAUACAGCUGUUGCUCUAGGAACUGACAUCUCCAUCUACGGCGGAUGUGGAGAGGACGAGCGGCCACUCAAUGAGCUAUUGAUCCUGCAGCUUGAAGAAAAAGAUUCUAAAUCCCAUCAGAACAACCCUUUGUGUAGCAUCUUGCCGGAGCAAUGGAACAAAAAGAAUAGAAGACGGCCAAGAGGAACCGGUAGCACCAACGAUACCUUUUACAAUGGCAAAGACAUCUUCAGCAGAGGAAUUUCGGCAGCUGGAGCCGAAUCGAAGGAAUCCGCUCGUUUCUGUCCAGAUGCUUUUCGCCUAAAGCGGGAAAGAACUGCCUAUUCGAGGGUCUUGGAAGUAGAUUCAGAGCAAGAAGAGCAUUCCCUCUCGCUGUCUCAGCAUUCGUCCCCAUCGCAGUCCGAUCAAGAGCAAACUCAAGUUUUCAAAGCCACCAAUUCAGUCGGAGGAUCUCAAGAAUAUCAUUUCCUUAAGAACUUCAAUCAGAUCCACAGCGAUGGCCAACCUGAUGGCAAUGUUCUUAGCAGCCCGAACACAAUCACGAUUGACAAUCACGGAAGUCCGCCGGAUCUUGUUCUAGGGGGGCAACAAGUCAUCACUAGACAAGAACCGUCUGCUCACGUUGCUCCCAAUUAUCAACAAGGAUUGCAUUGCCGACCCGAACCACGACCCGAACAGACACCAAAUGGUUCGGCGCCUGUUCAGAAUAUGAUUGGAGCUGAAGUUCGUGGAAAAGUUGAUGGAGCUUUUGAUUCGGGCUUCUUAGUGACCGCAAGCGUCAAUGGAAAGAUAUUCAGAGGAGUCUUAUUUGCUCCGGCACCGAGCUUCACGUUCACAAGCGCCGUUCUCACUCAAAAUCCUCCACCUCGUCCAACUCAGAUUCCCCUCGCCCGCCCGCCGCAAAACUCGGGCCAUGUGGAAACCGCGAGGCAUGCUCAGCAAGUGCAAGGGGCGAGGCUGCCGCCGCUUCAGGCCGAUAGAGCCUCUCCUCUGCUGGGCAAGGAGCCGAAGCAGAGGAGCGAUCUUCAAGGCGUGGUUCUGACAUUGGGAGGACCGGCUAGCGGUCAUUAGUUAUAGCUUUACCGAUUAACCCAACACUCCCCACUCCAUAAUAUGUGAAAGCUUAAGAAUGGAGCGCACACUCAUUCCUUGUGCUGCUCAUUAAGUACCGCAUGCUAAGUGUAAUCUCCUGGUCUUUCCCUUUCGUUUGUGCCUACGUAGUUCUUGAAGGCAUGCUCUAUAUUUCCCUCAAAAUUCCGAAC